GGAUCAUUAAGGUCAGGUAUUGGCUGCUGACGUAUCAUUACCACGGAUAAGGUCGGAAUUAGGCUGCAGCGUUUCAGCAUGGAUCUCUCUGGGAAACUUAUUAUCAAAGCUCAACUAGGACAUGACUUGCGACGAAUCCCAAUACAUAAUGAGGAAAUCACUUACGAUGAACUUAUUUUAAUGAUGCAACGUGUCUUCAAACAGUAUAUUACAAAGGAAGAUGAAUUAUUGGUAAAAUAUAAGGACGAAGAUGGGGACUUUAUAACGAUUGAGGAUGAGUCUGAGCUCUCCCUCGCCAUACAGUCCAGCAAGGUGCUACAGAUUAAAGUCUUCGUUGUAAACAAACCUGAAAUAUUACAAUGUACUGCUCCAUUUAAAAACAGAAAAGACGGUGAAGCUAAAAAACUCGAAUCAGGGGAUACGUUUUCUUUAGUUUAUGAACUUCAACGGCUUGGUAACCACAUCCUAAACGUAGCUGAUCGUAUUCAAAAAACGUUUUCUGCCAACAAUUCUAUGGAUAUAGCUUUCACUAACUGUAAUCGACUUGAAAUAGUAAACAAAACAGACGAAAAUUACAUGGUUUCCAAAUCAACUUUCUCAACGGCUGGAUUGUUAGACAACGAGGGGCUAAAUUCGACUAAAAAAUCUGCUGAUCGCGACCCUAUAGAUUUCCAAGCACCGUUUGAGAAUAAGCUUGAUACAAUUGACAAAGUACCUACUAAAUUUAGUCAUUCUAAUGCAGAAGUGGUAGUAUCGGCGGCGCCUAAUAUUAGUUCCACACUCUCCACUACGAUACUACCGUCUCAGGGUCAACCGUUAACACCAAAUAGUCAGAUAAUAUCAUCAUUUUAUCAACAGCCUUCAGGACAUCAAAACCAUCUUCCCACUCAACCUCAAGUACAACCAUCAAUACCUAUAUCCCCUCAAAACUCAGCACAACCUAUAAUUCAUGGCAAUGAUACUCUUAGGAUGUCUAACACAUCAACUCCGAUGUUACAACAGCAUAGUACUCCGUCUUUCAGGUCUCCCGGUUUGGCAAACAUGCCACCAAAUAUGGGUCCUUAUGUUCGUCAAACUGGAACACUACCAAACACUAAUAGACCUAUGGGUAUCCUUGUAACUCCUCCAAAUCCAUCAUCUAACAUGUUUACACCUGUACUUCCACCGUGCGAUCCUUCAACUAGUUUAGGGACACCACAGCGACCAAUUGUGCAGCCUCUUUCAGGUUCUCCUAGAAAUUCUACGACACAAAGUUCAAUACAGUCCACGCCCAUGAUUCCACAUGGCAUGUCAUAUCCACCCAUGUAUCCUCCUCCAGCUCAAAGUAUGAAUCCUUCGACACGUCCCACGUGUCCUCCAAUUCAAAAUACUUUUGUAUCGGGUUCCUACAAUUCAAUGCAUUCAAGUCCUGCCGUUCCCGUAACAUCACCAACUAUCUUAUCAAAAGCAUGUCCGACUCCUUGUGAGACUCAUUAUUACCCUCCAUCCUAUCCUAAUUACCAACAAUAAUGCCUUAUUUUUGCUCCAAGAUGCUUACUAUUUAAGCUGAUCUGUCAUUCGACAGCUUCACAUCGUGAUGUGACAUACAGUUAUUUAUAAUUUCCUCAAUUUCUUCAUAUUUUUUCGUUGAGUGCACACGCAGGUUGAUUACUUCGGUGUAUGGUUACAUAAAAUUUUGAUUACAAACUCCUUAAAAUGAUAUUUUGAAUUCAAUUUGUUUCACGCUUCGUUUCUUAUCCAUUUUGUUCAAUAAUAUGUAAUAAUUAAGUUUUGUGGUUUUACUUCGUCUUCUGCAGUUUCGUAAUGGUUAUCACAUUAUGUAUAAUUUCGAAGGGUGUAUCUAUCUCAGUCUGCCAUAAUCCUCCUCCAUUGUAGCCACAAACAUCGACAUUAAGAAGUUUUUUGUCAUAGUAAACAAAAUAGUUCUGCGACUUCUAGAAUCCACUUCAGGAAAAAUUUUAUUGUACUGGGAUAUAAACUUCAGUAGCUAAACGAUGUAUUUGAGAAUGCAAUAUAUUCUUGGUAAAACUGUAAGAGAUCAAAAGUUUCGUGUUUUGCAGAUAUUUCUUAGUUCUAUGACUUAAGUUGAAAGUCUCUAUAGCC